GAGAGAGAGAGAGAGAGAAGAGUUUUUUCUCUCUCUCAAGUUUGAGGUUGUUUUGAACUUUCUAUAAUAGUUUGAUUAACUCUUUUUUUAGAGUAUAAGAAAGUGUGGUUAUUUUUUUUUAUUCAGGUAGCAAGAACGUCGGGUAUAUUAUGUACUAUAGUUGUAUGGACUAAAUCAACGGAAGGCAACGUUCAUGAAGAAGAAAAAGGUAUUGGAAAUCUGCUAACUGACUUAUAUGUUUAUUACGACAUUCUGGAAAAGAUAAAAAAAAAAAUUAACAUGAAUGUCAAGUGCCACCUGAGAACGUAUUUAAUCAAUGUAGGUGCAUUAAUAUAAGUGAAUUGAAUAAGCAGUUGUUUUAGAACAUUAUUGAUAGCUUGAAUAUCUGUAACAUUCGCACUGAGAAUGACGAUUAGAUUUGCAGUUUGGUAAUAAUGGUGAAAUAUACUCAUUUGUAUAUUUAUGGAACAGCUUCUGUUGCAAGGUGAUUACCAUAAGCCAAUCAGAAUUGAAUGGCAAGAAAUUAUAUUCAGAAUCUAUAUUGGCAACCGAAGUGGGACUUAUUUAUUAAUAGACGAGUGAUUUAAAUUCAAUUGAACCUCGAAACGAAUAAGAAUUUCCAGAAACACUGGACUCAACGCCUUAUCUGCAAGUCCUUUUUUUUUUAUUCGGACUUUCGGAAAACUGGAAAGUUGUGUUUCUCUCGGACUUCGAAAACCUGGAAAAGAGUAUUGCUUCUCUAACACUUCGGAACCCUGGAAGAGAGUAUUGCUUCUCUCGCACUCCAGAAACCUGGAAAAAGAUAUUGUUUCUCCCGGACUUCAAAAACCUGGAAUAGAGUAUUGCAUCUCUCGCCCUUCAAAACUCUGGAAAAGAGUAUUGCAUCUCUAACACUCCAGAAACCUGGAAAAAAGUGUUGUAUCUCUAACACUGCAGAAAACUGGAAGAGAGUAUGUUUCUCUAAGGGUUCAAAAACCUGGAAAAGAUUAUUGUUUCUCUAACACUUCGGAAACCUGGAAAAGAGUAUUGCUUCUCACUGACUUCGAAAACCUGGAAUAGAGCAUUGCAUCUCUCGGGCUUCAAAAACCUGGAAAAGAUUAUUGCUUCUCUAACACUUCGGAAACCUGGAAAAAUAGUAUUGAUUCUCUCGGACUUUCGGGUAAACAGGAAGAAGUAGUGUUUCUCUCAUGGCGAUCAACGUCGUCUUCCCGAUACUGAUCCCGCUGGAAGAGAAUAUUCAUAACGCCACCCGCCUGCUAUCCGGAUCUGGGGCGGGGCCAUUAGAAUUCACCCAGCCACACUACUGUGCCGUCCUCAGGGAGGACGCCCAGCUAGCAGCAGAGGUUCUCAAUGUUACUGCCAUACACAAGCAAGGGGCGUCUGUUAGAUACAGCAUUACAGGAGGCAACAGAGAUGGCCUCUUCACCAUCGACCAACACACUGGACUCAUUACACUCGCUGCCACGCUCGACUACGAGGUCUAUGAUAAGCACGAACUGGUCGUUUCGGGGGAGGCUGGCGGCCAGACUGUGCACACGAUCGUCCAGGUGAGGGUAGCAGAUGUGAAUGACAACCCUCCCACUUUCAUUAAGCAAGACCUGAAGGUCACCGUCACGGAGGAGGAUGACACUCACCUCCCAGCUGUGCUCCUCAAGGUUGAAGCAGAAGACAAAGACGAACUCGAUUUCCAAGGACUUCUGUACACAGUGAGGGGAGAUGGAGUCGAUGGCUACAAACCCAGCGAGGCCUAUUUCACAAUCAACUCCCUUACUGGGGAACUCAUACAACAGAGG